AUUUGCCUCAUUUUUUUUCUCUCUCUUUCUCUCUUUUCAACGUCAGUUUUUAUUUUCCUCUCCUUCUAUUUACACCCUUGAUCAACUGUUCACCAUUAAAACGGGAGAUUCUCAAAUAAUUAAGAAUGUAAUCCCUACAAUCUCAACUUUUCCAUCUUCAAAGAGCCUAUGUAAUCUUAGAGAAAAGGCUUAACCCUUUUGGUUGUUCUAUUUUUUAAAUUCUAUUCUCUUUCAUCAAUCAAUUUCUUUUUCUCUUUCUCUGUGUGUCUUUUUUGUUUCUAUUUUCUGGUUAUUCUGUUCUUUUCUAUUCUACCCUCUGAUUAAACAACCUUAACAAUUGUUCUCUUCUCUUCUUCCUUCUCUAAACCACCACCAUCAUCACCAACAACAACAAUCUCUCAGUGUGAUUAUAUUAUUUUGGCUUAAACUCUCUCAUAAUCCAACUUGUUGAUUUGGAUUAAAAACAGUGAAUUCCCAAUAUGGCUUGUAGAGUAAGGAGUUCACCUAAUCAUGUUUUCGAUGUUUUCAUGGAAAUAAGUAGACCCGGUAACUCGGCUGAUAGUAAACCCUACAUACUCCAACAAUAUCCUCAUAAUUUUAAAGAUGAAGAGAUCACCAAAUCAGUGCCUCAAUUUUGUUAUCCUUGUAGAAUUGACUCUCCAAAUGUUUUACAUUUCUCCUUUGUGCUCACCUCAAUUGACAGUAAAUGGAGCUUUGGAUUCAUCCGACAUCCUCCACAACCGGGUGAUACCUGCCUCCUACUACUCUCAUCUCUACCUUGGCAUGAUACAUUUUACAAGUUACUUAAUUACAUUGCAUCACUGAUUGCCAAAGAUGAUACAUCUCACCUGAAUCGUUUUUUGGAAGCUCUCUAUUUAACUCCAGUUCCUCAACCAGGAUUAUACCUUCAAGUAAUUUAUUCCGUUAACAAUAGAAAACACGAAUUCACUGCUCAAUGUCCUGAUCAUCAUAAAAUCCCCAGCAUUCCGGAAGAUCGAAAUUUAUCCGAAUAUUUUAAUGCCGUCGACAGUAACAAUAUGAUAACUAUAUUUGCCAGUAUGUUAAACGAGAGACGGAUUAUCAUUACCUCAAAGAAAUUAAGUCGCUUAUCCGCCUGUGUCCAAGCGGCCAACGAUUUAAUCUAUCCAAUGUACUGGCAACACAUAUUCAUUCCUGUUUUACCUUCUCAUUUAUUGGAUUACCUGAGUGCACCAAUGCCAUUCUUAAUUGGAGUACCCUCAUCAAUUUUAGUUACUUUUAAACACUCGGAAUUUGGUGAGAUUGUCAUUCUCGAUGCGGAUGAAAACAAAAUUACCACCCCUUUUGAUGAUGUCGGCAUGUUACCAAAUGAAAUAGUAUCGUUUCUUAAGAAAAGUAUGAAAAACAGUGGAUCUCUCAUUGGUGAUGGUGUCGCUCGAACUUUUCUCAAAGCUCUGGUCAUGUUAAUCGGUGGUUACCAGAAUGCUCUACGAUUCCCAAGCGGAUCAAAGAUAACCUUUGACAAGGAAACUUUUGUUCGAACACGACCUGAUCAUAUGCAACCCUUUCUACAGAAAAUGUUACAUUUACAGAUUUUCCAUCAGUUUAUUGAAGAUCGAAUAAGAAUGUUGACUAAUGCAGAAUCAAUUUCAGAUGAAUUCGAGUUUGAAGUGAACAUGUAUGAAGAAGAGCAAAGUUCUCAUCGUUUUCGAGCUCAAUACAAGGAAUGGCUUGGCCAGAUGAAGAAAGAAGGUGGAGCUUUAUUGAAAUCGGUUAAUCCAGCGGUAAAAAGUGCCUACAAACAAGUGAAAAGUCGUGGUAAACAAGUUAAAGAUAAAAGUAAAAAGGCUUAUAAUGGAUUCAAAUUAAAAUUACAAGAUAUUAAUCGACCUGGUGAACCGGGUUUACCUCGAUCAGCUCCAUCUACACCUCGAGAAUCUCCGACAUCAUCGACCUACUAUGGUCUAGCUGAUGAACCAUCCAAUGGUUCCGUCAGGAAAAGUGCCAGUGGCCUGAGUCUUGCCAAGCAAGGAAGACGUCAAAUUGUCUUGUCACCACCAGUUACUGGUUUUACCUCAAAGAAAACAUUUUACGGGGAUCUAAAUCUACGUGAUCCAUUUUCCAAGGAUAAAAAUUACUCCUUGGAACAAGCCCCUGAAGCCUCAUCUGAAGAUUCGGAAGUUGAUUCAGUUGAAUACGAAAAAUUACCAGGAAUCGAGGGUUUAACAUAUAAACCAAUCAGUCUUGAUUUAAUGGGAGAGUUACAAGAAGAUAAAGGAUUUGGAUUAAAAAAUUCAUCAGACUAUUCAUCAAGUGGAUUAAUAAAUAAUAACAAUAAUCAUAAUCAAUCCAAUUGGGUAGAUUUUCAAUCACAAGAAUCAAAUCCAAUUGUUAGUUCAUCUUCAUCCAAUUCACAAUCGCGUCGAGCAAGUUACAAUUUACCGUUGCCACCGCCCUCUAAAUCAAUCAAAUUUUCUCGUAAAUCAUCAGACACAAAAGAAAACCUUUUAAUUACUCUUGACUCACCCCCGAAAGAUAUUGGAGCCAUUUUUGAUCCAUUAUUACAAAAGAAACACUCGAACCUUACUGAAAGUUCUGGUCAUGUUAAUUGGUGGUUACCAGGAUGCUCUGAGAUUCAGCGGGACAAAAAUAACCUUUGACAAGGAAAAUUUUACUCGAACUCAGCCCUGAUCAUGAUGCGCAACCCUACAGAAAAUGUUACAUUCACUAAUUUUCCAUCAAUUAAUUGAAGAUCAGAUGAAAAUUCAGAACUAAUUCCAGAUGAAUUUGAGGUCGAGGUUGUCAAGUACGAAGAUCAAAUCUCUCAUCAUUUUCGAGCCCAAUACAAGGAGCGGCUGAGUGAAGGCAUAGGCUGGUCCCUUAUAAUUAAAUCGACUAAUCCAGCGGUGAAAAGUUCGUACAAAUUAAGUUGUUGAUUUAAAGUAAAAAAGCUCAUCAUGAAUUUCGUGUGAAAUCAUCAGAACCUCACACAUUAUAAAUAUAAAUUACAAUUAGAAAUGAUAAUCGAUAAAAAAAAAGUCAAUUCGGUUCAAUUAAAUUGUGAAAAAAUUGUAACAAUUAAAUAUUUUUUACUAAUUAAAAUGGUUAUCACAAUCAAAUUAAAA